CCAUUUGGGGAGGCGCGCGACUCUUGUUCACGCCGACGGGUCCCUCUAGACGAAGUCGCUUUCGCCCCCUCUCUCCCUGCCCCCAUGCUAGUCGCCCGCGUCAGUCAUGAGCUUUCUGUCUAAGAAGAGCUGGCACGCGCGCUCGACGAAAAAUGUAGCCAAAGUCUGGCAAGCAGAGCAAAACUAUGAGCAGGAGCAACGGAGAAUAGCCCAGCGCCUCAAGGAGCUCCAGAAGGAGCACGAGUUGGAGGCGCUGCGCCAGCUCCACGCGAAGGCCUCCGGGCAGCCCUUAGAGGAGACGCGUAUCGAAUGGAUGUACCAAGACCCGACGAGCGUCACAGAGGACCGCGCGGACAGGGAGGCCUACUUGCUCGGAAAGCAAGUCAAGGACAAGUCGGACGACAACCUGCUGAAGAAGACCCAGGAAUCCGUCGGCUCUUUGUUCGCCAAGGCGGACACUUCGGGCCCGUCGGACCUGGACAUCCGCGCCAAGCUCAGGGAUGACCCGCUGUACACAAUGAUGCAGCGAGAGGCCGAGUACAUGAACCAGAUGAACACGGCGUCCCUGAAGAUUCAGAAGCUCCGUCAGCAGAGGAACAAAGAAGAGCAGCGAAGGGCAGACGAGGAACGGAGGUCCGAAAAGUGGGAAGAGAGCAGCAAAAGACACAAAAAACGAGCGGUCGAAACCGAAAGGUGUCAUCGAGAUCAAUUCUCUGACAAGCACAAUCGAAACUUUGACGAUCAUCGCUCUUUUGCCCCUUCUCGACAGCACCGCGAGCGGUCUCCGGGAUCUCGCCCCUCCCUCGACAAGUGGUCUCCUCGGUCUCACCACCGUCGAGAACGCGAUUCUCCUCGAUCGCCUCGUCGAUCUCACCGCUACAGGCGGGACGAAGCGCACCACCGCCCCUCCGACCGGCGCCACGGCCACGGCAGCUACUCCGACGACGACGACGUAGACAACGUCCGCCUUCAUUCACACGCCCGUGGGAGGAGCUACCGUCCGACUCCGGGCAGACGCGACGACUACGACCCACAAGAAGAUCGCCGACAACUCGACGCGAUGCGCCAAAACGCGGAGCAGGUCCAUCUCAACCGCAAGCAGCUAAUGCAGAAACUAUCGGACGAACACGAACGAGAGCGCGAGCAAGAGAUCCAGCGAGACCGGUGCCAGGAACUGCAACCUCAAUUCAUCAGCGACAUGGGAAAAAGCGUCUACACCGACCCCAAGCUCGGAUCGCUCGAGGAGCGCUUGCUGUCUAAAAAGUUUUACAUUCAAAAAAACGUGGACUCGUCUCCGUAGGCGCUCGCGGCCUCUCUCUUCGGCGGGCGUCAACCACUCUCGGCGUCCGAGGCGUGUCUCCUACUCACUCUCUUAAGCUGUUCGUAGAAAACGAAUGUCAAACUGACGAGAAGAAAAAAAUGAUCGUUAAUACACAAUUUUCAGGUACAACGUGCAGGAAUGGCAGGGAAACAUCAUACAUAUAAUGCGGCCCCAGCCUAGCGAGGUUUGGUCGGAGCCCUUUGAAAAACGCUCUGCAGCCGUCUUCCUUGAACAGCUUGGCGGUCACACGGACACCGGCGGCCAACCCGCCGCGUCCCUGCUGGCUGUAGACGUUGGUCCUGACCACGUCGAUGGGGUUCAUGAUGAACGCCGUCACGGUGCUGGCUAUGAAUCCGCACAACACGUCCGUGUACACGCAAUCCCCCAACACUUGGCUAAACACAAAAUAGUCUCUGCAGGCCGUGUAGGUCGCCAAGCUGCUCGCACCGCCCAACAUAGACCUCAAUGCACUGGUGCCCAGUCCUUUGUAGAGCGUCAGCACGGACUCCUCACUGACGAUCGUCCUGAUUGCUUGGGUCAGUCCAGAGUAGCGGUAUUGGCAACCUAUCACCGCAUUGCUCGGGUGGUCGGCGUCUGCCUGCAUUCUGGUUUUGAUGAGGUCGAACGGGUUGCACGCUACGGCCCCCGCCGCGCCCGUUAUCGCUCCUGCGACGGCCCGCUUCCAAAAUGCGACCUGCUCGCCUUUUUUUCUGUCGUACAAUACACUCAACAGCGGCUCGUACAU